ACGUGGGCAGCGGUGCGACGUGCUGAACGCUGUCAGAUGAGUAAGUCGGGGUGUUAGUUACCUGCUGUCGCUGUGGACAUGGCGGCUGCCAGCAGCGUCUAGUGACCGAGAGAUGUCACUGGAGGAGCGGCCAGUAGCGUGAAGCGGCCUCUAGUUUCCUGUGCUGCUGACAGGAACACGUCCCAGGAUGGGAAUCCUCUUCACGAAGAUAUGGAGGCUGUUCAGCCAUCAGGAGCACAAAGUCAUCAUCGUGGGCCUGGAUAAUGCGGGGAAGACGACUAUACUGUAUCAGUUUUCCAUGAAUGAAGUCGUCCACACGUCUCCGACAAUAGGCAGCAACGUGGAGGAGAUCGUGGUGAAUAACACAAGGUUUCUUAUGUGGGACAUCGGUGGUCAGGAAUCUCUCCGCUCUUCUUGGAACACUUAUUAUACAAAUACUGAGUUUGUAAUAGUGGUUGUGGAUAGCACCGAUCGAGAGCGGAUAUCUGUGACCAGAGAGGAGCUGUAUAAAAUGUUAUCUCAUGAGGUAAGUUCCAGCUCGUAAAACUGAGUUUAGUCA